AUGGCCAGUCUAGGUCCAGCCUAUGGACGCGCCUUUGCAAAGGAGACAUGGACCCUGUACGGGGUGGGAAUACUGGGGGUGAUUCUGCGAUUUGCGGCACGAAUACGCCGUCUGGGAAUCCGGAACCUCCAAGCCGAUGACUAUCUCAUGUUGUUCGCCGUGGUCUGGUAUACGUUACUAUGUGUGUCCCUCAAUCAGGUUGCGUCGGGGGGAGGGUCCAAUCUGAUGGACGAGAACGACAUCCGGAACCUCACGCCGGCUAUCAAAGCGGAGCGAGUCAAGGGUAGCAAAUGGGUGUUUGUGUCGGAGCAUUCGUUUGUCCUCGCCAUCUGGGCGAUGAAGUCCUGCAUGCUCGUCAUCUACGCUCGUAUCACAGAGGGCCUGAAACAGCGCAAAUGGGUCAACUACCUCGCCAUCUACGUCGCCUGCGGGUUUGUCGCCGUCGAGCUCUCCCUCUUUCUCAUCUGUCGGCCGCUGUCGAACUACUGGGCCGUCCCGACACCCGAUGCCCAAUGCUCCACGUACCAGUACUACGAAAUCGUGCAGGGGUGCAUCUCCAUCUCGGCCGACAUCUUCAUGCUGCUCAUCGGCAUGCCGUUGCUCGUGCAGGUGCGCGUGCCACUCAAGCAGAAGAUGAUCCUGGUCCUCCUCUUCGGCAUGGGCAUCUUCGUCAUCGUCGCCGCCGUCCUCAACAAGGUCUACUGCCUGGUGCCCGCGCUGAUCUCCUACGUCUACAUGAACUGGUACUUCCGCGAGGCCACCGUCGCCAUCCUCGUCACCAACCUGCCGCUGAUCUGGUCGCUGCUGCGCGACGUCUUCCCCGCCUUGCGCAGCUGGAGCGCCUCCAGGCGCGGCACCGACCGCUACCGCUCCGGCCCCUGGAACAGCAAGGCCUCCGGCUACCCGCGCUACGGCCAACAGAGCCAGCUGCGCUCCGGCGACUUCGACCUGCAGAGCUACCACCGCAGCAUCGUCACCCCGCAGAAGGCCGUCUCCGAUGCGAGCUACCAGGCCAGCGACGACCGCGACAUCAGCGACGACGGGUCCGAUCGCGCCCUGCGCAUCCGACAAGACGUGACGGUGACGGUGGAGCGUGAAUCGCGCCCGCCCAAUUACGGCCAGCCGCAGCCAUGA